AUGGUCAAGUUUAGCCCCCCCUUGUUGGGGAUGUUCAUGGUGGCAGCUACCUUUUACGACGCCAUCGUAGCAACAACGUGUGGCCCAUCGCCGGAUUUAAACUGCUGUGGUAUGCUCGUCGCUUCGGGCUUGGGAGAUAAAGUGCUCUUGCCCAACCAGACCGAAUACACGAGUCGUCUCGGUUCGUACUGGUCUGUGAGCGCCGCUUUGAGCCCAUGGUGCAUGGUGCUCCCGUAUACGGCCGAAGAUGUAUCUAGCAUUAUCAAAACCUUGGUGUCGGGAAACUGUUCCUUUGGCGUCAAGGGGGGUGGCCAUGGCUCCUUCGCGUUGUCCAACGCCGUGGAGGACGGUGUGACCAUUGACUUCGCCAAUAUGAACGGUACCACCUACAACGCUGAAACCGAAGUUGCGUCGAUCCUGCCCGGCGGCUCAUGGCAAGAGGUGUACGAAACACUGGCGCCGCACGGCGUGACAGUCACCGGUGGUCGCGCAGGUACGGUAGGAAUCGGCGGCUUCUUGACCGGAGGCGGCAAUUCGUUUCACGCAGCAUCUCACGGCAUGGCCUGCGACACCGUCGUCAACUUCGAGGUUGUCAUCGCGGACGGGUCCAUCAUCAACGCCAACGCUGAGCAGAACCCGGAUCUCUGGAUAGCGCUCAAAGGAGGAUCCGCCAACCUGGGCCUGGUUACUCGGUUCGACUUGCGCGUCAUCAAGUUCCCGGAUGCGGCGAAGCCGGAUAUUUGGGGGAAGUUUCUUUCUUUCGAUUUGGCAGACGGCGACAAUGCCAUCGACGCCAUGGUCAACUUCACCGAGCACGCCCACCUAGACCAAAACACCUCGUCAAUCAUGUUCUUCGGUCACAUCCCAGCCGCCGGAGGAAUGGUCCUCCAUCUCGGACUGGAAAACACAAAGGGCAUCGUCGACCCUCCCGCCGUUGCAGGUUACCUCAACGCCGGCAAGAUCCUCUCUACCAACUCAUUAGUCGUACCCAUGGCCGAUCUCGUGCGCUCCGAGAACCCAGCCCAGGCAGCAGGCGUCCGAAACAUCUGGUUCACCCUCACCUUCAAAGCCGACGCGCGCGUCAUGAAGUACGCCGCCUCGCGCCACACCGCCGCCGUCGCCAAGCUCUCCGCGUCCCUCUCACCCGACAGCAACUUCACCACCAUGUGCGCCUUCCAGCCCCUCAGCCACGCCAUCGCGCAGCACGGCGUGCGCAACGGCGGUAACGUCAUGGGGCUGGACUACUGGAUGCAGAACGGCGACAGCGGCAUCCUGCUGCUGCUCGAGCUCGGUGUCCGGGGGGCCGAGAAUGAGGCGAAGGCGUAUCCGGUUAUGAGAGAGUGGGCGCGGGAGGUGGAGGCUUACGCGAGGGAGCUGGGGGUGGCGUGGGAGUGGAGGUAUCUGAAUUAUGCUGGGCGGGAGCAGGAUCCACUGGCGAGUAUUGGGCCGGUUGCUUUGGGGAGGCUGAGGGCUGCGGCGAGGAAGUAUGAUCCCGAUGGUGUGUUUCAGACGUUGCGUGGGUCGGGGUUUAAGAUACCGAAGGGGGAGUGUGACUGAUCAUGAGGGAUUGGGCUUUUCUUUGGUGGAGCUAAGAGCAGAUAGAAUAGAGGCGGUAGAGGAAGACUGGAUCUAAGGUACUAGUAACUCUGCGCCGCUGGUUUUCAGGUCAUGACUUCAGCUCGUUCAGUUUGGUACCUAGG